AUGAUUCGUGCUGGUGUGUGUACUAGAACAAGCGAAGGUUCCUUAUUUCAACUCCGGUUUGCUUAUUUCUGGGAUUUCACAGCUGUGAGACAAAACCUUAUUCGAAAAAAACUCACCACCAAGACGACCAUGUAUCCGAGUCGUAUUGUGAUGCUUACUUUGGUAGUACUGGUACUUAUGAUUAGUGGAGCUCACCUUUGUGAGUCAGAACCAAUAACGGCCUUGAAAACAGUGCAUCCUUAUUCACCCAACAUGAAUGUAUCGCAAGGAGAGAUUUAUGCACUCUACUAUGUUCAGUUUCUACAGCUUUUCAAAAUGAAUCCAUUCAAUGCACGUCCUUCUCCUGUAGGACCACCUGUGACGAAAGGAGAUCAAAUUCUCGCUCAGCAACAAAGUGAUAUCGAUUACAAGAAUCAAAUUUUCUAUACCACAACUUUUAACAGAACCAGUAACCGUGUGGAAUUAUUGGGACUGAGUUUACAAAGUGGAUUAAUCGUUCGAAGAAUAGACAUGUUGGUAGAUGCGAGAACUCCUUUGGUUGGACUUGGACAACUCGUCAUUGUCGAUCAAAAUACAGGAGGCGUUUUCGUCGUGGGUACAACUCGGCAACUCCAAACACAAAACAAAAUCGUGUUGUUGAAGGUCUCUCCUGAUUUUUCCCAAAUUGUGAAAUUAACUGAAAUGACAGCUUUUUUAGCAUCCGCAGGAGCGAAUGGUUUUGAUCCAGUGAAUCAUAUAUUGUGGCUUGAUUUGUAUCCAACAAGAUCCUCCCCAAUCGAUUACUUGUAUGCCUUUGAUGGGACCACUGGUCAAUUGUGGACACAAGUCGAGAAUAGAUAUCACAUGCAAACAAUGGAAUUCGAUCCAAUGACAGGUCUCAUGAUUGGUCUUGGGCUUGUGAAUGCUGCAAAUAAUACCUACACUCGAGCUUUGGUGACAUUGGAUAGUGUUCGUUUUCAAUUACUAACAGGUGCAGUGAUUGAGGGAAAUUAUUUCAUGAUACAAGCUCCAUUAGGACCCAUCAAUGUUGUGAGCAGAAAAAUGUAUUGUAUGAUGCAAGUGAAUGGAGCGACUAUUAAUGAUCCCUAUGAUUUGUUAACCAUUGAUUUGAAUCAUGGAAGGAUUUUGCACAAGGUUACCUUGACUCCAGAUGUGCCUAUUCCUUGGCAAAUGCAAGUUUUUAACAAAAGAUGGGAAUAA